AUGAACAAGUACAAUGAAACAUAUCUCAAACUCAUCCGAGGUGGUUCUAAAUCUAGUCACAAGAAGAGAAGUUUGUUCUCCAAGAAAGCUAAAGUUACCACCACUGUAGUUUCUCUCUUUUGCUUAGUAGCAACUUUCUGUUAUUUUGGACCCUCCAAUAAUUACAUAAUUUCAGGUGAUUCCGUUCGAAAUCAAAACCCUUCAUCCAUCCACAUAAACAUACACAAAGAACAAGAAUUUCCACUUAGAUGCACCAAAAGAAACAAGACUGAGGCACAAACAUGUCCAAGAGACUACUUUCCUACAAAACAUAACCCAACAAAUCAAAAUAGCAAUGUUUGUCCCUCAUACUUUAGAUGGAUCCAUGAAGAUCUAAAGCCAUGGAGAGAACAAGGGAUCACAAAGGAAAUGCUGGAAGGAGCAAGAAGAACAGCACACUUUAAGAUUGUGAUUGUGGAUGGAAAGUUGUAUGUGGAAAGGUACAGAAAAUCAUUUCACACAAGAGAUGUUUUCACUUUGUGGAGUAUUGUGCAACUGUUAAGGUUGUAUCCUGGCAAGUUACCUGAUUUAGAACUAUUGUUCGAUUGCGAAGAUAGACCUGUUAUUCGGUUGGAUAAGUUUCAAGGCCCAAAUGCUUCGCCGCCACCUUUGUUUGGAUAUUGUUCUGAUCAAUCAAGCUUGGACAUUGUUUUUCCUGAUUGGUCUUUUUGGGGAUGGGCUGAGAUAAAUAUAAAGCCAUGGAAUGGAAUCUUGAAAGAUAUAAAAGAAGGAAUUGAAAGGACUAAGUGGAAGGAUAGAGUACCUUAUGCUUAUUGGAAAGGGAACCCUACAGUUGCUGCAACAAGGAAAGAUCUUCUAAAAUGCAAUGUUACAUCAGAAAAUGAUUGGAAGAAUCACCUAUACAUACAAGAUUGGAAGAAAGAAACUCAUGAAGGUUACAAAGAAUCCAACUUAGGGAACCAAUGCACCCAUAGGUAUAAGAUAUACAUAGAAGGAAUUUCUUGGUCUGUUAGUGAGAAAUACAUUUUGGCAUGUGAUUCCAUGACAUUAUAUGUAAGACCCAAUUACUAUGAUUUUUUCAUAAGAGGCAUGGUUCCAUUACAACACUAUUGGCCUAUUAGAGAUGAUUCAAAAUGCACAUCUCUUAAGUUUGCUGUGGAAUGGGGCAACAACCAUGCUGAUAAGGCACAAGCAAUAGGAGAGGCUGCUAGCAGAUUCAUGCAAGAGGAUUUGGACAUGAACAAUAUAUAUGAUUACAUGUUUCAUCUUCUUGAUGGAUAUGCAAAGCUUUUGAGGUUCAAACCAACUAUACCUUUAGGAGCUGAGGAACUUUGUUCUGAAACUAUGGCAUGUGAUUAUAAAGGUACACAUAGGAAGUUCAUGGAGGAGUCAAUGGUGAUGUUUCCUAGAGAUUCAAAUCCAUGCAUUAUUCCUCCUCCAUAUGAUUCUUUGACGCUGCAAGAAGUUUUAGAGAGAAAAGCUAAUUCAACAAGACAGGUAGAAAUUUGGGAAGAUGAGUUUUUGCUGCAUAAAAACAAUGCACAAUAG